AUCUUUUAUAUUCAAUUAAUCUGUGAAAUAACUCAGUCAGCAGGUGUCGCCCGUCGAGAGAGGUCGUGCUCUCUAUGCUAAAUACAUUGUCGCGUGUGUUUAUUCUGUAGCGAUAUUGUGAGAACCGUACAAUGUUUACGGAAAUUUUCGUUUUUUGUUUAGCCGCGUACUACGUCCAAUAUGCAGAUGGAGCAGCAAGAAAAACUGGUGAUGUUUCGCCCAUCGUAUACCCGGGACCAAUUAAGGAAGUUACAGAGAACAGGUAUGGUUCACCUGAUGACGACGUUCCCCCUCAGUGCAGGAACCAAAACUACUGCACCGUUAAACCACACGGGUAUCCUCAAGAACGAUUCAACCAAUUGUUCAAAGGAGCGAAACCAUUACCGCAGCCCACGUUGAUUAUAUCUGAAAUCGGCGACAGGCAAGGAGAUCCCGACGAGCAUGAUGGAUGCGAGUCGGAUGUAACGUACGAGCCGCUAUACAGGGUGCGCACAAAGCGUGGGGACUGGCGCACUGUGGUGCAGGCGCCAGAAGAAAAUUACGUACAGAUGGUACGCCUGGAGAUCUGCAACGAUCUUGGCGCCAGCUGUUUCACAGAUGUAGGCACGUUCCCAGGAAUCACGACGUUGUGUAAACAGAAGACCAGCACAUGGGAGUUCCUGGUUGAUAACGGGCGCAACGGUACAGAGAGAGUCAAAGCCGAACUGCCUGUAUGCUGUUCUUGUCAUUACAAGAUCGUUUAAAUUAUCAUUUGCCUGAGUAAUCGAUGAAUAAGCACCUUUUAUAUAUUUAACUUGUAUGUAUACAUGAUAAUAAUGACAAAGGUAGGUAAUAUAAUCAAAAGACUAAAUUACCACUAAUUUAAAAUUAAUUUAAAACCUAAUAUUCUCUCAAUACUAGAUACAAAAAAAUGUAAAUCUAGAAUCAUUUGACCAAAUUUCACUUG